UCGAAACAAACACUUUGUCGAGCUCAGAGUCGACGGCAGCAUUCGGCCCUUCUCUCAAUCACCGUAGUCGACGGCAGCAUUCGGCCCUUCUCUCAAACACGAUUUUUAGUCCCUAAAAUGCUAAAAUGUGCAUCUCUCUCAAAAUGAUUCCCCCUUUCUUUCUCGACAAAACCUAAAAUGCGCUCCCUCAUGCUCGUCCUUCGAUUCUCUCAAUCUCGAGAUUGCUUUUCUCCAUUUUCCUCUCACAACUGAGUUCGAGUGUGGCAGCUGCAUUUUGAUCGUUUCACCAUCACUGAUCUUUCGUUUGGCAUCGCGAAUUCGAAGCUUCGAGCUUGUUUUCUUCUUUGCUUUCUCUGUCGAAGCCUGGAGCUGUGGUUGUCCCUGUCUCGAGCCCUCUUCCGUCUAGUUGUCCUUGUCUCGAGCCCUUUCCACUUUCGGUGAGCAGCUCGCUUUGGUUCUUCGUCCUCUCUCUCUCGAACUGUCUCCUUCAUCAAACACUGUUGUUGGGCGUCAUUGUUCGAUUGGGUUCGGUGUUGAAAGAGUACCAUCAUCUGUUCGGGUCGCAAGCCGUUAUUGGAGUGUUAGGAAGCAUCGAUUAAGGCUACUGUGUGGCGGUUUAAGAAGAUUCUUACUGGUAUUAAGGACGGAGACAUAUACCAUUUGGAGUUGCAAAGGCCCUUAGUGAAGGAAGCAAAGUGAAAGGCUCUUCCAUCAAACGCACUGAAGGGCUUGGAAGUGUUUUCCCUAAAUGUGGUUGUGCGUCGUUGCCGAAACAAUGUCGUUCAGCAAACAUUGUAGGACGGCCUCCGUGGUUAGUUGAAACCUUCAUCUGGUAAGUAAUCCAAAUUUCCUUCAUUUUCGUAGUAUAUAUAAUGUUACAUUGACCGAUUAUUGUUCUUGUUUCUUUGGAGGUUGGAAAUCCCGAUUUGUGAAACCCUUGGUUGGUUUGUUGGCGUUGGAAGAGAUAAGGUGGAGCUCCAAUUGCCUUCUGCACCUGUUGCACUUUUGAGGUUGGUACUUCCAAUCCAGUAUACAACAAGCUUCUUUUGACAAUCAGCCAAAGCUCCUAGUAAGUUGUCAAGAGAAAAGUUGCACUCGGUACCUGCAAUCCAGUAUACAACAAGCUUAUUUUGACAAUCAACCAAAGCUCCUAUUUUCACUACCUACCCCUCUGUCGACCCCUGCUUUACAUUACAACGAAAGGGUUUAGGGUUUUUGUGAAGCAAUGGACGAAGAAAACCAACAAAGUGUGCCGGUUCUGCCAUGGAUGCGCCACCCCGUCGAUGUCACUCACUGUGAACAACUCUCCCUUUGCAGAGUUCCUUUUCUGGACCGCAGAUUAAAGUCAGCGCUAGAAAACUUGGAAAUCUCAAAGCUGUUCCCAGUUCAAGUUGCGCUAUGGCAAGAAACUAUUGGACCAGGUAACUUUGAGCGAGACCUUUGUAUAAACUCGCCCACAGGAAGUGGCAAAACCUUGGCCUAUGCUCUUCCCAUCGUGCAAAAGUUGUUGCCUACUUCCACUGUCAAGUGCCUUCGUGCUUUGGUUGUGGUUCCCACCCGCGACCUUGCCUUGCAGGUUAAACAGGUUUUCGAUCAUAUUGCAUUGCCAUUAGGCCUGCGUGUGGGGUUGGCUGUUGGUCAAUCUUCGGUUGCUGAUGAGAUAUCUAGUCUCGUUUACCUACCGGGGGACAAGGAGGGUGUAGAUCCUGGGUUUUUGUCUCCGUUCUGGUUUCAAAGUAAGGUGGACAUAUUGGUGGCAACCCCCGGAAGGCUUGUGGACCAUGUCAACUUUUCUAGGGGUUUCACAUUGAAGCAUCUUCAUUAUCUUGUGGUUGAUGAAGCUGAUCGGUUGCUCCGUGAGGACUACCAGUCCUGGUUGCCCACCGUACUUAAAUUAACCCAAUCUAGCAACAAUGAUUAUGGUGGUGAUGAUGUUUUCCAAUUGGGGUUCCCUUAUUCUCCCUGGAGUAGAAGAACAUGUGGAGUUGAGAAGGGGUCUAACCCUCACUCUAGGCUGGCAAAGGUGGUUUUGUCUGCGACAUUAACUCGAGAUCCAGGAAGGCUUGUUAAGCUUAAUUUGCAUCACCCUUUGUUCCUCAGUGCUGGCAAAAUGCGGUAUAGGCUCCCAGAAAAUUUGGAAUCAUUCAAACUGAUCUGUGAAAGAAAGGUCAAACCCCUGUACUUGGUUGCCCUUUUGAAAUCCCUAGGAGAAGAAAAAUGCAUAGUUUUUACAAGAUCUGUGGACUCAACACAUCGUCUAUGCAAUUUGCUGAAUUGUUUUGAAGAUCUGCAAAUUGACAUCAAAGAGUAUUCUGGUCGUCAACAUCAACGUGUAAGAAGCAAGACACUGAAUGAAUUUAGAAAAGGGCAGUUUCAAGUGCUUGUAUCUUCUGAUGCAAUGACUCGUGGAAUGGAUGUAGAAGACGUAAGAAAUGCUAUUAAUUAUGACAUGCCCAAAUACAUAAAGACUUAUGUUCAUCGAGCUGGCAGGACUGCAAGAGCUGGCCAGACUGGGCGUUGCUUUACAUUGAUGUCAAAAGAUGAGGUUGGACGGUUUAAUAGGUUGAUGAAAAAGGCUGAGGCUAGUGCUUGUCUUGAGCAUACUGUUCCCUCCCAUUUGAUUAAAGAACUUCAUAGUACCUACCAAUCAGCACUAUCAAAAUUAAAGGAGAUAAUAUUGGAGAGUCGCAGGAAGCCCAAGGAUAAGUCCUGUCAAUAGAUCAGAAAGAGAGAAAAGAGAAAAAGUAUUUCACGGGAAUGGCUGCCAAUGAUUUAUAUAGGUAGUGAAGUUAAUUUAUUUUAUUACUUUACUAGAGUUAACAUAUUUUAAGAUUCUUGUAGAAUGAUAUUUAUUACUGUUUUAUUUAAUAUAUCAUUGUUUGUUAUAA